GGGCGGGGCGGUGCUCGGGCGCGGGGCCGGUGGGGCAGCGCGGGGCGCGCGGGGCAGCGCGGCGGCGGCGGCCGCGCCAUGGAGGAGUUCCUGCAGCGCGCCCGGGCCAAGCUGAACAGGAGCAAACGCCUGGAGAAAGUCCAUGUCGUUCUUGGGAAUAAAUCCUGUGAUUUGGAUUCUCUCAUUUCUGCUCUGACUUAUGCCUACUUUCUAGACAAGGUCAGCCCUCCUGAUGUUCUUUGCUUACCAGUGUUGAACAUACCAAGAAGAGACUUCAGCUAUUUCACAGAAACAAGAUUUAUAUUGGAGGAGCUGAAUAUCCCAGAGUCAUUCUAUAUCUUCCGAGAUGAAAUCAAUUUGCACCAGCUGAAUGCUGAAGGGAAAUUGUCUUUAACACUUGUAAACAGCACCAUGCUGACAAGUGAGGAUAAAAGUUUGGAGUCAGCUAUUGUCAAAGUCAUCAAUCCAGAUGAGCAAAGUGACGGCAGCCUGGAGUUACAAGCAUCGUCUUCCUCUCUAGUAGUAAAAGAGAUUCUUCAAGAGGCACCAGAGUUAAUCACUCAGCAACUGGCUUAUCUCCUCAGAGGAAGCAUUCUCUUCAAGUGCAUGUCUUUGGAGCCUGAGAAAAUUACAGAGCAGCAGGAUAAAGUGCUGUCAAUUCUGGAGGAAAAGUUUCCAGAUCUGCCCCCACGGGAGGAAAUUAUUUCUGUUCUCCAGGAGACUCAGUUUAACCCUCAAGGCAUAAGUAUUGAGCAAGUUAUGCUGAAGGAUCUCAAGGAGCUUUCAGAUGGAGAAAUCAAAGUAGCAAUCAGCGCUGUGUACAUGUCACUGGAGGACUGCGUGUUACACAGGAGUCUCAUUGGUGAUCUGAAAGCAUUCAUAGAUAAAUAUGGGUUUGAUGUGCUUGUCAUUUUGGCCAACUAUUUGUCAGAUGAGGAGCAAACAAAACGACAAAUAGCAGUAUACUCAGAAAACUUAGAGCUAGGCAAUCAAAUCUGCUGCGAAUUAGAAGAAUGUCAGAAUCCUUGUUUGGAGCUGGAUCCUCUAGAAUGUGGAUGUGACCAAAUUCUCAUUUAUCAUCAAGAGAAUUCUUUGGUGACCUGUGAUCAAAUCUUUCUUCUAGUUAAGGAAGUUAUACACAGAAGACAACCAGAAAUGGUAUCAAACAGUAGAACUUCUUCUACUGAAGCUGUUGCUGGGAGUGCUCCACUUUCACAGGGAUCUUCUGGUAUUAUGGAGUUAUAUGGUUCUGAUGUAGAACCACAACCCAGUUCUGUCAAUUUUAUAGAAAAUCCUCAAGAUCUCAAUGGAUCUAUACCAGCCCACGUUGAUGUUAAUGUAGAUCUUGUGAGUCCAGACAGUGGAUUGGCCACUAUUAGAAGCAGCCGGUCUUCCAAGGAGAGCUCUGUUUUUCUUAGUGAUGAUAGCCCUGUCGCAGAAGGUGCUGCUUCCCAUCACAGUCUUCUGCCUGGUUUUGAUUCCUAUAGCCCUAUUCCUGAAGGUACAAUAGCAGAAGAACAAAAACCUCAGUCUAGAAACAAUAGCGAUAACUUCGAUCUUUUCAAUUUUGAUCUAGCACCCAUGGUUACAGCUCCAUCUGAGUCAUCUUCUCGUUCUGUUGACUGUUCCCCAGCAGAUGACUUUUUUCUUAAUAGUGAUUCAUCAGAAGGACAACCACCCACUGUGCAGAAAGAACUCAAUGAGGCAAACCUACUAGAAAAUGACAUAGCAAAUUAUUCAACUGACUUACUAAUGACAACGAAUGAGGAAGACAAUUUAGCUGAAUUUGAUGGGAAUCCAGGAGAUAUAUGUGAGAAAACUGCAAGCUUGAUCGAUUUAGUUGAAGGUGAUUCCUCUUCAUCUGAAAUGUUGAAAUCUGCUGAUUCAAGAAUUCCACCAACUCCUAUGAACAGUCUUGUAGAAACGUCACCAUUAGAUAAUGGGCAGCCUUUGUUUUUCCCACAAGAUGUAGUAAAAAAAAUUAAUGAAAUGGAUAGCACAAACUAUUCUCAGUCUCGUGUUAGGUAUGGGAGCUGGUGGGAUGGCUUUGACCUAGAGUCCAGAAGUGCUGAUACAUGGAGUUCAAGUGAGCAGGAAUCUGUAUUUCAGAGCCCUAUCUUAUGGAAAGAUUGUAAAGCAAGUCCAUUGUUACGGGAACAUAUUGAAAGAAGAGCCUCAGAUUCUGUAUUCUUGCAAAAACAGCCAAAGCAAAUGGAAUACACAAGGACAGGUCUGUGGGAUAAUCAGUCUAAACAAGAUAAUCAGAACCUAGAGAACAAAGAGAAAAAGACUGAACGUUCGCAUUUGCAAACUGCUUCUUUUGUGGAGACAGAGCAAGAGCUGGAGAACUUUACUGACCCAUGGAAGACAAGUCAGCCAAUACCUGUGGUAUCAGAUGUGUGGUAUACUGGUGAGGGGAAAGGUGGUCAGCUAGCUGGAGACUCUUACGAAGUUUGGACUAAGUUUGAUGCAGAUGAUAUUGCUAAAUCGUCAGAAAAUGUAUGGAACAUGCCCAGACUGGACAGAGAAAAAAAAUCAGUGAAUAAUCCUGAGGAAUGGGCCAUAUCAAAAAAUAGCUUAUCAGAUUCUUCAGAAAUCAUAGAAGACAAUGAGACUGAAAAUGCACCUGUUCAGGUGUCUCCAGAAGCCUGGGAUAAAGAGAGAUACUAUUCAAUAGAAGAAUAUGGAACAUCUGAAAAUACAAAUUCUAGUGUCAACAAUAUGCAAAACAAUUUCAAGUUACAAACAGAGGAAAAAAAUCUAUUUGUUGGCCCUAAACGUAGACCAAAACAAUUUGAAAAUAUAGAGACCUGGAAUUUAUAUGAUAAAAACAUCAGGAAAGAAGUAACCGAAGUAGUGGUGCCAUGGGAAGAUACCUUCUUGACAUAUAAGUGCUCAGACCUUAGCUCAUCAAACAUUGGUGAAGAUUUAGUUGUUUCUCCACUAGACACCAAUUAUUCAACAUCUGACUCAUAUAUAUCACCUACAUAUGUGGGAGAUGAAAGAGAAAAUGAGGACAAAGAUUUUGACAAAGCAGUUACUGAUAAAUUCAUAAACUCGAAUUUAGAUGAACCAGAAGUACUGGAGAAAGCAGGUAACGAACCAUUAUCCCCUGGAAACAUGCCUUUUUCAAGCUCCAGAAACACAGCCAUGUGGAACACAACCUUAAAUAAUGAAACCCACUUGAAAGAAAGAAAUUCUGAGAUUACUGCUCUUUCUGCCACUGGUACACCUGUGCUUAAUUCGGAACAAACAGCUAAUCAGUAUUUUUCAACUGAGACAAAUACUGAUGAAAAUAACUUUUCUCUCUCUCAAAACAGAAAAAUAGCACCAGUAUACCGUCAAACAGUGAAUGACUUGUCACCACCACAGAAUGAAUUAAAUACUAGAUGUACAUCUGAAAAUGUAGAAAUGGUGAGCAAUGUUCCAGUAGAAGAUGCAGACACAUCUACAACAACUUCAGGUGCUGGUAACGAUUUGAACCUGAAAACAUUUGACUUAGGAAGUGAGAUACCUGGUAAAGAGGAAGCACAAAACACUGUUGAUGAUGAUGAAAAGCUGGAUAGUCAACAAUCAGUGCUGGAGCCAAACUCAUGGAGUUUACAGACAGAGCAGGAUUGUGAGGAAGCCUGGGGGAACUACAAUACCGUUGCCAUCUCUCAGGAAGAAAAAGAGGAAUGUGAGAGGAUAGAUGAGACAGAUGGACAACAAAAUUUUAGUGACAUUUCUAACAAACCAGUGCAAGAUGAUAGUGAAUCUUCAUGUAAUGCUGAUUCAGAAGAAAACAGGUCAAUGUGUGAAGUUCCCAGCUCACUAGAAAAAUUGCAGAAUAGUGUUAGUUCGGAAGCUUUAGACAGAGAGAAUGUGUCAUUUUCCAAUGACAGUAAUUCAGUCAGUCAGGAAGAGAGGAAAGAGUUAUUACAGAACGGUGCAGAAUCUUCUUCAAGUGCUUCUGAGGAAGAUAGAAAUUAUGAAUCUUUUGAUGACUCCAAGCCACAAAAUUACAGUUCUUGUGAAACAUCACAGCCACUUUCUGAGAAAGGUGAAAAGGAGACUACAGUGAUAGAUGAUGCACCAAGUCCUGAGAUGGAGAACAUCUCUGAAAGUUCUGAUAGAGGUAGUGAUAAUCAUGAAGAUAAAUCUUCUAAAAUGCCUGGAAAUGUAGGCAUCUGCAGUGACUCUGGGAACAGUGGUUCUCACUUAGCCACAUCACUUCCUUUGAUGAAUGAAGCAGCAGAAAUGCAGAGAGAAGAGAAAGAGGGCUUAUAUGAUGUGGUUCCUAAUCAUUUAGGCCUUUGUAAUUCUGAGUUAGUGUCUCCUGAAUAUAGCCCAGAACUGAGCAGCAUUCAUGAAAAAUCUUUCAUAGAUGAGUCUCCACAAAUUAAAUUUCAGAAAAGUCCUUCUGCUGGAUAUGUCAGUGUUCCUGAUAUUACAGAUAUGUCUGUGGUUGAAAGUUCAAUUUCACGUGACACAGAUUCUGGGAGAAAUGACAAUUCUGAAAAUUUAGAAUCUGCUAAUAACCUUUUUGGAGAGGAAUGUGUGACACUUCAUGAUAGUUUUCCCCAAACUGCUUGGAAUUCACAGCCAGGUGAAGAUUUGCAAUCUCCUGGAACAAGUCCUGAGGCAAGUGAAGUCCUUGAAAUGGCAAACACCACAAGUAGCGUUUCUAAAGAUAUACAGAUCAAAAGUUAUUUGGAAGAAGAUAGUAUGUGGAGUGAUUCUAUAAAUGAUUAUACACACUCAAGUGGAACAAGUCCUGAUUUAAGUGAUGCAUCUGUGAAUGCAUGGGUAGACCUUCCAGUUACUAGUCAUCAUACAGAGAGUAGAGAUAUGUGGGAUUUUACAAAUGAAAAAAGACUUGAGGAGGCUAAUGAAAGAAAAGAAUUUGGGAGUGAAUGUCAAGAAGGGCUUGAAACAAGCACUGAACACAAAGUUCCUAAAAAUUUAGAUUUUUGGAAUGCCCAUGUAGAUGAUGAUACUGUAUCUUCUUUGUCAAGUCCUGAAAUAAAUGAGGAUUCAGAGAAUUCAGAUAUAUGUCCACCAGUGAUUAAUGAAGAUUCUGCAUAUGAAAAAAAUAAGCACAGGGCAUCUGAAAUUGAAGAGGAUUAUGCACAAUCCAAUGCAACAAAUCCUGAAAUGGAUGAAGACAAUUUACAUGCAAAAACUAAGGUGGGAGAGGAGGUCCAGGUAAGCAUCUUAAAUGAGAAUCCUGAAACAAUUAAAGCUGGGAGUAUAUCAAAGGAUGGCUUGACUAUAACUGAGUCUGAUGAGGCUUCUGAACAUUUACAGCACUGGGCAGCACUUAAGAAGAAAGCUCAAGAGACUAUUUUCGGUGAAAAAACGGGUACCGCAGAAGACUCAUGUUGGCAUCAAGUGAAUGAAGAUAUGACACCGACUUUUGCAGUUGCUGAUAAAGAAGAAUAUUCUUCAAAAGCUUUGGAUAUGUGGAAUAUGUCAUUGGAAGCUGAUUUAAGAUUUGAACCAAAGUCUGUAGUAGAAACAUUUGGUUUUCCAGAUGAUAAUUCAGAAUGGUGGAAUUCACAAACUUGUGAAGAAAAGCCAAUGGAAGAUCAAUAUUCUACUUCAAGUCUUCCUGCAGCAAACCAGUUCAUAAACAGUAAGCAGGACUCUUGGGGACCACCUAUACCAAAUGAAGAGCUAGAAGAUGCACAUUUCACUGAUCCAAGUAAUGAGGGAAUUCAGGCUCCCCACCUAUACUGCAGUGAAGAAGAAAAUGAAAGGCUAGCACAGGCUAUGAAUAUUCCCGAUAGUCAAAUAAAUCAAGAUACUGUACAGUUCAAACAAUUUGAUCCUUUCAUACUGGACAAAGAAGGAAGGGACUUCAAAGAGCAGCCUUUUCCCACAGAUGAGGGAGAUCAACUGAGUCCACAGAAUCCUUUUUCAGAAGAUUAUGAACCAAGUAUGUCAAAUACAUUAGUUCAAGAAAACACAAUACUUGCUCAACUAAAUGACAAUGAGGGAGAUGCAAGUCUCAUUCCUCAAGAACAACAACUGGAUGCCUGUGAAACAUUAGAAGUGCACAACUCCCUGCCAGGGGCUUCCACUGUGGAAGACUUAUCUUUUGAAAUGACAGAGAAGUCAAGUCCAGGGUGGAAUAUAUUAGUUCCCCAACCUGCACUUAUCCCAGAUAUUUUACAGGAUAACACCCAAGAAAGUAGUCAGCUGUUUUCAGUGGAGCCUGACUUGUGGACUAAUGCUGAGCAGCUUUUCACUUUGAAAGGAGACAGUGAAAAUCCUGAUAUAUUAAGUCACUGUGACCAAGACAAUAGUUCAGAGGCAUCAAGCAGUCCAGAUGUGUGCCAGGAGUAUGAUGCUAGGCACGCCUCUCUCCCAUCUUCUCAGACUGAGGUGGAGCUUGAAGACAAAGAUAGUCAGCUGAUUUGCACACUGUCAGAUAUGAGUAAAGAGGCAGAUUUUGAAUCAAAGUAUCAGUUAGCAAUGCGGAGGUUGGAGGCACAGUCUGAAAGUGACAGUCCCCAGCACUGUGAUCAAGGAAAGAUCGAUGAAUCCUAUCAGCUAAUCUCUGCUAAUGCUCAGGAGCCUUAUGCAAUUGCAAUUUUGGAAGAACGUGGCCUAGAAAGGAAGCUUAUUACUGAGCAAAUCGACUCAGUUAAGAUCCCCACUGAAGUUUUAGGGGUAACGUGCUUAGAUCUGAAAGAUAUAUUCCAUGAAGGUCAUACACCUGCAAGCUGUCAAGAAACACCACUUGAUUCGGCUCAAACGGUGAACUCCCAAACACAUUUUAUUCCCACUGAUUUCACUCUACCCGACAUGCCAGAACAGAGCUUAAAAGAAAUGAGUGCCUUGGUUGAAAUUGGAAAAGAUUCUGAUAUUGACCAUACAGCAAUAACUGGUGAUGAAUUAGAAAUGGCAGAUGAAUCCCUGGAUGGAUCUGAGAGUGGGGUAGAACAUAACAUCAGUAACACAUCUGCCACUAAUAUCCCACCAAGCACAUGCACUGGAAGGAACACAUGGACAGUAGUGGGCAGUGAAGGAGCAGAAAGGGAAUCAAGUGCUAAACAGAUAUUCUUCCCCAGAUAUUUUCUGUCUAGUGAUAAUGAAGACCAUGAAUCUGACUCAAAUAAUCAGCUGGUUGAUGACAUAAUAAAAGAACCCAAACAGAAAAUUGAAAAUGAUGCUCCUGUGUUUCAGGGAACACCUAGUGAUCAGUCGCCAGUGAUGUGCACUCCACCUUCCCCCGUAUCUCUUGGUGCCAGACCCUCUGGCAGCAGAGAAUGUGCCAGGGAUGAGCUCUUGUUACAGAAGCCAUUUUGUGACAACGUUUCUUUGGAAAAGCCUUUACCUGUGCUUACUCCUCGUGAAGAUGCAGAAGCCACUCUAAUGAUCAAGGAUGACAGUGUCAAGAAUCAGGUGCCUGACACAUCCACAGAGUGCCCUCAGGAAGAUCCUGUGUUGGUGUCUUCACUCUUGAAGUCCAAAGUAGCUCCAGGAGCCUCUGAGAUUUUGAAAGGAAUCAAACAUGAAGCAGAAACAACUGAUCUCGACUCACCGCCAGGUGGAGAUAAAAGAUCACCCAAUGAAGCUGCCACUGACCCACUUUAUAGGGAGAAUAAGUCGAGAAACUCCUCCGAGAGCUCUGAAUUGAAAAGUACAGAGGGUAAGGAAGAUAUGAGGAUGCAGGUGUACAGCGAUCAAGCUUCACUGGAGAUGGAUUACAUCCUUGUUACUGGGGUAGAAAAUACACCUUCAAGGGAGGAUACCCCUGAAACAAAAGGAAGUGAUUUUGCAUUUCAAGAAGUUAAUGUAGCUCAACAAACAGAAUCUCAUGAAGGCUUUUCACCAGGCUCCUCGGAUACAUUUCAGCCGAUCUCCAUAACAAAUGAAAGGGAAGACCAGUGUGUUGGGGGGACUGAAUGGGACUCUGUUAACUUAGCAGAGAAGAAUUCUUCUGUCAUGCCUCAAAAACUGGACGAUAAAAGGAGCUUGCUGGAAAACUGUGGGCAAGAUGAGGGCUGGAUUGUUUUGGGGCAAAAUGAAGUCAGUGACAUAUCACCGGAAGAAAUUUCUGUCAGAUUAGAGACACCAGAAUCAGAGUCUGGACAUUCUGGCAAAGAACUGGAAGCUGUUGUAGUGCAGGAAUCGAUUCUUGACACUCGAGCAGAAUUUCAGCUAGAAGCUCCCCUUCAUAAAUCAUCUGAACUUGGGGGCUGUUCUCCCUUGGACAGUUUGACUACCGAGGAUGAGAAUAUCGGAAGAGCAGAUGCCCUUGUGUUGCAGGUGGUUGGUGGUGAUGGCGUAUGGGAACAAAAUCCUCAACAGAGACUCGGAAAUAACGUAGUAACGGAACAAGAAAUGGAGGAGGAAACAAUGUUUCUCAACAGUGAAAGAAAACUGAGUCAAAAAUCAGGAUUGUUACUGGAGAAUGUGGGAAUGGACAUCCCCUUUGCUGAGGGUGUAUUAAGCCCCAGUUCUACAGAAAUGAGACCUGAACCUCCCAAUUCUCUUGAUCUCAAUGGCUCCCAUCCCAGAAGAAUAAAGCUCACAGCUCCAAAUAUCAAUCUCUCUUUGGACCAGAGUGAAGGGUCCGUGCUUUCCGAUGAUAAUUUGGAUACGCCGGAUGAAAUUGACAUCAACGUCGAUGACCUUGACACUCCCGAUGAAGCCGAUUCUUUUGAAUACACUGGACAAGAACACCAGACAGCUGUUAAGGAAGCUUCCCAGGAGGAGUCCGAAUCAAUUCCAGAAUAUACUGCUGAGGAGGAGCGAGAAGACAACAGGUUAUGGAGAACAGUGGUUAUUGGAGAACAAGAGCAAAGGAUUGAUAUGAAAGUCAUUGAACCUUACAAAAAGGUCAUUUCACAUGGAGGAUACUAUGGUGAUGGUCUGAAUGCUAUCAUUGUGUUUGCUGCAUGCUUCUUGCCAGACAGCAGUCGAACUGAUUACAACUAUGUCAUGGAAAAUCUUUUCCUAUAUGUAAUAAGUACCUUAGAACUGAUGGUAGCCGAAGACUACAUGAUUGUCUACUUGAAUGGAGCAACACCAAGAAGGAGGAUGCCAGGACUUGGUUGGAUGAAAAAAUGUUACCAAAUGAUUGAUCGGCGAUUAAGGAAGAACUUGAAAUCAUUUAUAAUUGUCCAUCCAUCAUGGUUUAUCAGGACAAUUCUGGCUGUGACACGACCUUUUAUAAGCUCGAAGUUCAGCAGUAAGAUACAGUACGUCAGCACAUUGGCAGAGCUCCGUGAAAUGAUUCCAAUGGAAUAUGUGCACAUACCAGAGAGUAUUGUCAAGUAUGAUGAAGAGAAGUAUUUUAAGAGAAGAAUGAGACUGGAUGAAGAGCUAAGGGAAGCUUCAGAAACAGCUAAAGCUGGCUGCCUCUCAAAUGAUCCAGAAAUGACUUCAAUGGAGCAGGACAUUGACAUGAGGCUGAAAUAAAAAGCACCGCUUGCAGGCAUUUGAAGAAGAGGGUUCGCAUGGACUUUCAUCACCCAGAUGCCCAUGGCCAUGGUGUAUAAUAGGCAGUUUGGUUCAUUUUAUUUGUUUUAUAGUUCUUCAGUGCCAUUCAGCAAUCCAAGAAAAGCAAAAGGGCCAAUCCUGUUGCCAUGGGAACAGCAGAAAUUUGGACUUAGCUGUGUAUGUUGUUUUUGGAAAUAUAGUUUGGAUUAAGAGAGCUCUACCAUCUAGCAUUGGUUUAUAUAAGUGUGUGCAAUUUCUGUUUAAAAUUAUUAUACUAUCUUACCAACAAUGUGCCUCGUGAAUGAGUCCGUGAGGAUGUGGUUGUGUUUCAAUUUUGUCUUCAGCAUAUUAAUGUUUAUGCAUAACAAAGCAGAAUAGUUAUUAUUACAAUAAAUAUUAGCCUAGUUUGUUUCACAAAGCAGCUUCAACUUUGUUAUUUUAAAAGAAUUUGAGAAAUGAUGCAGGAAUUUUUUUUAUGAAUGACUCUUGCUGUCUGUUUCUUGCUGUCUAAAAAGUCUCCAUGUUCACUUAACCCUACUGACUUUUUAGUUUGGCCACAGAAAAGCCUAAUAUAUUUCUAAAUUAAUCAUUAAAGAGACUUCCCAGAGGACAAAUGACUAACUGAAAUUAAUUUUAUUUUCAUAAUUUAAUUUAGUAUUUUUAUUUUUUUUAAGGAUAGCUUUUUAAAAAGUAGCUAAUCCUGUAAAUGUUUGUCAGAUAUUUUGAAAGCCUUGGAACAUUGUUUUGUUAUUGUUGGUUUUCUUAACCUGUUUUUCCAGAACUUAUUUUUUUAAGUUACGAGUCCUCAAAUGGCAUCUGAACUCAAAUGAUAAAGGCUAAUAAUGCUAUGAAUGUGGAACAAAUACUUAGUACUUUCUACUAACAACUUUAACUGAAGGUUAAAUAUUUAAAUCUACAGUUGGGUGUCAUGAUCAUUUUUUAGGGAUAGAUGUCAAAGUAUUAUUCAGAAUGUGUUUCAUAUCAGAAAAUAAGUGUUAAAACACAUUUUGUUGUCUGUAUCAUGGUACACACCAGUAUAAACAAGAGAAAAAAAAACACCCAGCAUUUCUUCUUUGCUGCUGUCCUGCAUGCUGGUGCAGAAAACACUGUAGUAAGUCCUGAUUCUCAAAUGGAAAAUAUCUGCAAUGUUUCAGACCAUUCUUUUGCAAAGGGGUGCAAAAUAAUACUCAAGUUAAUUCUGCUUGUAUCCUUUAUAGAGCCAAGAACUGGAUAAAUCUUUCCCUUCCCUUAACACACAAACGCAUGCACACAAUCCCAAACCUGCUGACCCACCUUCCUUUUGGGAUGUCCCAAUGGAACUAACGGUAUUAUGCACUGUCUGAAAUAUUAUUCUUAGAUUCAAGAGAUUCUCGUAUACCCUAGAAUUACGUCUGUGGAUUCUCUACUUUGUCUGUAAAUAAGAAAUUCUUAGAAGUAACAAUUCAAGAUGAUUUGCUCAUUCCUAUUUUUGUGUGUGCACUAACUCUAGUCCUGCUUCCAAUAUUAUUAAUUAAAGAGAAGACGAGCAAAAGUUCUGCAGGGAAUAAAUUUUAAGAAAGAGGCAGGACAGUGGAACCUUGAUUUUCAGUAGGAGCUAAACUGAGAGUGAGUGAAAAUUAAUUUUGCCCUUCUUUUAAAAGAUUGAUAUUUUCAUUAUGUGUUUUGCACGUUUCCAUCUCUGUCACCUUGUACCAUGUGUUUGCAAGAAGGGAGACUGCAGGCAAGGGAGCAUGUGUCCAUCGUUGUGUGCCCAGUAGUUCAGCUGCUCUAACAAAGACUGACAAAAUUGUCGGAAAGACAAGAAGUUGCCAAAUGCUUUCUUAUCUGCCAGCAUCGAAACUGAAGUAUCCGCACCUCUGCAGUCCUUGUUUUAUGCUGAAAGCCAGUGCACUGUGUCUCCGUCACCCUAGUUAGCCUGUUUUAUCACACCGUUCUGUCAGUUCCUGGUAGUUUUCACAGGGGAAGGGCCUAAUCCUGCUCACCAUUAUUGCUGCUCCAUAACCUAACCUUAUCAUGGCCUAAAUUAGGAUCUGGUAGUUUACACAGCUCCUCAGAUAUCUGAACCUCGGCUUGUGUCUGCCUUAUAACAGUGCUGCCACGUAAUAUACUGGAGAUAGUGCUUUAUGUAGAAAUUAAUAUUUGUGUUAACUUCCAGAUACUAAUUAAGCUUGGCCUAGAUCUGAACUAUUAAAAACAAUUAAUAGCAUGAAGUCACACCUUCUGUAGACCUAUCGUUUAAGCCACCUAGAAUGAGCCAGUUGACUUGUGUUACACUAUAGCUGAGAGGAGCAUUUGCUGAAAGUGAAGUUCACCGCCAGGCGGAGGUUCAGCAUAAAUCUUUAUGCAUUCAUUGGGGCGUAAAUGGAGCAGACGUGGUUUGGAGUCUUAGUGGCAGAUGUCAGCUCAGAGGUGAAUUUCAUUUUACAGGUAUUGUGUGAAAUUACUGAACAGCAAAGCUACCCAUUAAUUCAUCUUAUUAAUGUGGGCAGACUAAUAGUGGCAGUCUGAGAUGGAAGGAGUCUAUUUAAGCCAAAUGUCACACGAAAAUGAAAUGGGGCACCAAUGUGAUGGUGCAAAACGGUUGCAAGAAAAAGGUGUGGUUACCUUUGCUUAUUGAUAUAUUUGAAAAAGUUUUUUUUAAUGUUAUAUUAUGGCAAUUAUAUAUUAUACUAACAAUAAUGUAUCAAUAUUAAUAGCAGUUUGUUGGAAGAGGAAUAUAGUACAUCUAAUUGCACAAAUAUAAUCUUUUAUAAACAAUUUUUUUCUACUGUGUAUCAGAGUGCUCAGAUCAAAUAUAAAUUAACAGUUGCAAUUUGUUUUUUUGUUAAAAGACCUAUGCCAAUUUGAAUUAUAGAUUAAGCAAUACAAGGAUAUCUAAUAUCGUUGUAUGUACAUAUAUACGUAUGAAUCAGAAAUAAAGAGCUGCAACCCAGCGCUAAAAGUA